AUGUGGCUCGAAAUCUUGCGGCAGCAAAUCGGCGCGGACGCGGCAAGCGUGAAGUUCACUGAUAAAGAUCCCUUAUGUAUUAUCGUGAGGCCAACAACCACCUACGAUGCUCUUGUUAGCUCUGUGCUGGAGAAGCUUGGUCUCGAAGGAGUUAAAAGGGUUAAGAAGUUUUUCUAUCGCAUUCCAACAACGGUGCUCCAUGACACCGUGAAGUAUGAUUCUUUCACGAUCGGUAGUGAUGAGGACUUGCAGGUUAUGUUUAUUUGUCGCAGGCAGUUUCCCGAGGUAAGGAGACCAGAGUUGUUGGCAAAGUUGGUUGAUGUGGUAUAUAGCUCUGGUGGUUCGAACCGGAAUGCCAAUACUAUAGCCGCGGUUGCCGGCUCGAGCUCGAGACCUGUGGUUGCUUCAUCCUCCGUUCCUGUGUAUGAGCCACCGAUGCAGCCUGUUGCCUCCCCUUCGUUUGCCGUUGAUCUGAGCGCCAAUGCUGGAGACGAGGUUAGAUAUGGGGAACAUCUUCCCACCGAAGUGCAUUGUCCUACACCCGCUGGUGUUGGUGAGGAUUUGUUUGAUGAUCCAGAUGACGAUGACGUCGAGCCGGAUAUGAUCGCUGAUGACAGCGGCGAUGAUCUUGGGACUACUGAUACGAGAAGGGCUACAGGUGGAUCUAGUUCAGGAACACAGCAGUACCCACCCCAUUUUUCAUCGUUGGACCUAGAUGCCAUGCGGCAGGACGAAAAUCCUGUACAGGCCUCUGGAUUUGGCGCUAGAGAUACCGAAGGGUCUGCCGGUAUGACCGAGUUCCAGGUUGGUCAACAAUUUCAGGAUAAAGAUGAGGCGCUGUUGAGUGUGAAGACGUACAGCAUCCGCCGAGGGGUCCAGUACAAGGUCGUUGAGUCUGACUACCGCAGGGCUGAUGCCGCCGUCAACAUCAAGGUGCUUCAAAAUGCCACGGCCGCACACUUUGGGUUCAGGCCAACGUACAGGAGGGUAUGGAUGGCGAAGCAGAAGGGCGUUGCCGUCAUAUAUGGGGACUGGGAUGAGUCGUACAACGAGCUCCCUAGGUGGGUUUUAGGAGUUCAGCUGACGAUGCCUGGCACUGUAGCCGUCCUAAGGACUUGCCCUGUUCGAGUUGGGGGACAGCAUGACGAGUCUCAGGCUUAUUUUCAUAGGAUGUUCUGA